AUGGUUGACAAUGCUCAUCGCAAUGACAUGGUUGGUGAUGUUGAACGUGCUAUUCUGGAACAUAAAUUUGAUUUGGUCGAAGAUAGAGAAGCUUUCUACAAUGCGUAUGCUAAAGCCAAGGGAUUUAGUAUACGAAAAUCCAGAUUUAACACAAAUAAAGAGGGAAAGGUUGUUAGUAGGCUGUGGUUGUGUUCAAGGAAAGGUCAGAGAUUACCAAAAUACUUGGACCGUGUUGCUGAGAAAAGUAUAGCUCCCAAGGCACUAACAAGAGUAGGUUGCAAAGCCCAAUUUCACAUACGGUACGACGCAGAUACUGGUGAAGGGGGAAAGUAUGUUGUGACUCACUUCGUCGCUGACCACAACCAUGAAUUGGCGGAACAAUACUGUGUGAUGUAUUUGAGGUCACAUCGCACUUUAAACAGCGCUGACAAAGCUCAAGCAAUGGCUAUGCGCAACAUCGGUGUGAAGACUAGCCAAAUCAUGGACUAUAUGGUAAAUCAAUCCGGGUCUUAUGAGAAUUUUGGUUUCAUCCGUAUGGAUCUGCACAACCAUAUUCAAGCUGAACGUAGAACAGAAGUUGAGGAUGAUUCAAAAUCGUGGGCCGACUACGCAAAGUUUGGUGAUGUGUUGAUAUUUGACUUAACUUACAGAACCAAUGCAUACAAGAAACCUUUUGUCAUGUUGGCUAGUGUGACUAGCCACUUUAGAACCACGAUAUUUGCAUGUGUUUUGCUAGCUAAUGAGACAAGUGAGACAUACACAUGGGUUUUAGAAACAUUUAUGGAGGCGAUGGGCAAUAAAGCACCUGUGUCCAUACUGACAGAUGGGGAUAAGGCGAUGCGAGAGGCAAUCAGAAGAGUAUUUCCAAACGCAAGACAUCAAUUCUGUAAUUGGCAUCUUGGGAAAAAUGUUGUUUCAAAUGUUCACAUAAGUGGCUUUGCACAUGCUUUCAAGCAGUGCAUGGACAUGGAAAUGGAUGAGACAAAGUUUGAGCAUGGCUUGACGACAAUGGUUGAAAAAUUUGGACUUCAAACCAAUAGUUGGGUGUUGGAGACAUAUGAGAAGUGUCAUAUGUGGGCUAAGGCAUAUAUGCGUGAACAUUUCUUUGCUGGGAUGAAGAGCACUCAGCGCUCGGAGUGUUUGAAUGCUUAUUUCAAUCCCUUCCUCCAACACAAAUUGAAGCUAUAUGAAUUUGUUAGGCACUAUGAUCGGGCUCUUGCAAGGAUAAGGUAUAACGAGGCUGGAGAUGAUGCUGAAACAAAUAACACUUUUUCGGAUAGAUCAUGGAUAGUAACCCACAGUCCAACGGAUGCUGCAAUGAGAUGUUCUUACAUGAAGUUUGAGUCGUUGGGGCUACCUUGCUGUCACAUUAUAUGUGUUAUAAAAGCUGAAAAUUUAAUGCAAAUUUCCCUAACUUGUGUGCUGCAUAGAUGGACAAGGGCUGCAGACAAGGAUGGCCAGCAAUGGCCUCAACUCUCAAUUGAUAGCACUACAACACAGACGGCCCGGUAUGGGAUAUUGAGUUCUUCCUACAAUGAAAUGUGUUUCUAUGCCUCGCAAUCAACGGAAGGUUUCAAAGAGGCUAGGGAUGCAUGUCUUCCGAUGACGAGCCGGAUGAAUGAGUUAUAUGAGAGGAAUCUGAAUAAUGGGAAUGGAGACAAAGGGAAACAUUCAUUCCCUCGACAAUUUGGAGUAGAAGAUCCUGAUGUUGUGAAGACAAAAAGGAACCCGGGACAGGCCUCGUCCAACUAUCGAAGACUAAGAAAAUGUGGGAAUUGCAAAUGCAUUGGCCACACAAAGCGAACGUGUCCUAAGAGGCUAGGGAUGCAUGUCUUCCGAUGA